UGCAGCACACCUUACAUGUAAUGACCUCGUUCGCUUUAAAUGACGUUUCGACGCGUUCGUUUGACAGCGCACAAUACAACAAAAAAAAAAAGAAAGAGAAAGACGCCUCGCUUGGGCUGUGUGGGCAAAUCGCUAAGCUCAUCUCGGGGGUAAACAAACAAGCACUUUGCCCCAUUUCGUUUAUUCCCUGUUCGCAACUGCAAGUGCAAUUGAUCCGCGAUGGACGUGGACGUGGUAUGGCCAUCGACCGACGCAACGGCGUGCUGCCGCAUCUGCGUGCUGGAGACAGAGGCGGCGGACGCGUGCCGCAUGCACGAACCGCUGGAGGAAAAUGGUUCCCAGAGCCUGCAGAUCGUGCUGGAGAAGCUGUUCCCGGGCGUGUUCAACGAGGAGCAGGUGCAGCACGACUACACUAUGAACUGGCCGAUGGUGGUGUGCCGGGAGUGCAAGCGCAAGGUGCAGGAAGCGUACGAGCUGUACGAGACUUGUCUCGAUAGCCGCGGCCGGCUGCAGAAACGCUCCGCCAAGGAGCAAAUGCACGCAGACGAAGCGAUCGUACCGGUGGACUGUGUGGUGGACGAGCAGGCGCAAGAGUUCCUGGAGUGCGAUCUCAUUCCGGAAACGGAGCUCGAGCCGGAGCUGGAACCACUGCCCGCCGCAUCGCGCCGACGUACGGCGAAGGCGCGCAAAAGCGAACCCGCACCGAGGGGCUCGCGGACGAAGAAAGCGCACACCGCUCCGACGGAGGUGACGGAAAUCAAGAAGGAGCUGGAGGACCAACAGGAGCAACUGCAGGAGGAGCAGCAACCGGAGGUGGAAGUGCUGGAAGAGGAGGAGUUAGAGUUUGCCGAGGAAAGUAACAGCGCAGAGCCGGAAUGGAAACCACCGUCGUCCGCCGGCAGGGCCAAGAAAGCGAGAAGCGCACCAAAAGCGAAGCCAGCCGACGAGAAGGUGCCAAAGGAAAGGAAGAAGCGCGAGCGAAAGCCAAAGGUCGAGCCGGGCGCGGAGGGAAAGCUCGAAUCCAAAACGGAGCUGUACCGGUGUCAGCUCUGCUCGGGGCCAACGUACGAGACUCCCGGCGAGCUGACGGAGCAUCUGAAGGCGGAACAUCCGGCCCAGAUACGGCCGUGCGACAAGUGCCCGAAGGUGUUCGUCAGCGAGCAAACGUUCCAGCACCACCAGUACUGUCACGCGACCGGCCGGUCCUUCUUCUGCGACUUCUGCGACAAGGGCUUCCAGACGGAGGGGCUGCUGACGAGCCACACCAAGUCGCACACGCGCGGUCCCAAGUUCCUGUGCUCGUACUGCGGCAAGGGGUUCACCACCAAGAGCAGCCUGCAGAAGCAUAUGACAUUCCAUACGGACAGCAAAUCGUGGCCGUGCCGUCUGUGCCCCUGUCGGUUCAAUACGAAAGCCUGCCUGCACGUGCAUAUGCGUACGCACACAAAAACGAAGAUCUAUACCUGCCCGAUCUGUGGCUCGCAGUUCAACAAACACUACUCCAUGGUGAAGCAUCAGAUCAUUCAUACAGGAGAACGCCCAUUUGUCUGUGAGCUUUGUCCCAUGAGGUUUGUCUCGCCGUACCACGUGAAGCGGCACAUGCUAACACACACCGGGGAAAAGCCCUACAAAUGUACGUACUGUGAGCGCAGCUUCGCGCAGAGCAACGUGCUGGUGAAGCACAUGAAAACGCACGUCGGCGACCAUCCGUACCAGUGCGAUCGGUGUGACGCGUCCUUCCGGCUGCUGAAGGACCUGCGCAACCACUACCAGGAGCACUACGUGGAGAGCGAGAACGGUAUCGGGCCGUCGCCGGUCGUGGACGAUAAGGAUAUACGCUUUACCAGCACGGAAAUCUUGAAGUUGCGAUACCAAAAAGAGAUGGGCCAGUACAGCCAAAAGUAUGAGGGCAGCGGUGGUGACGAUUCAUUGGAAUUCUGUGUGUUCGCACGGGAAAGGUGCAAUGUACCUAAAUUUUUUAGUAAAUUAAACCAUUCUGCAGGAUUUUGUUUUGUAGCAAUUUACACAAGUGAAUGCCAAUCGUCCACUGUGUACCGCACCAUGGACGAGGAAAAUAAUUCAGUCGAGCCAUCGCUUCUUCGCUCAACCUUUUGUCGCAUCUGUGUCACGCCCUGGAAGGUGAACCACUGCAUGCAGGAGCCAUGCGAUCCGGGCGAAUCUUUGAGCUUGCACUGCAUGCUGGAAAUCCUCUUCCCGACCAUCUUCAACGAACAUACCGCAAACUGGCCGGCCAAAAUCUGCCAAGACUGUGGCGAGAAAGUGUUACAGGCGUACGCUUUGUACGUGCAAUGUGGGCAAAGUGCAGAGCAGCUGGAAAGGUUGUGCAACGAGCAGGAGGAUGCGACGAUGUGCGAUGAAGUAAUGAUUACGGUCAGGGGGGAUUGCACGCCCGAUGUGUUGGUGGAGGAGGCAGUUGUUAUAUCUGAGCUGGAGCCGGGAAUUGUGGAUAGUGCGACGAACUGCAACCCACUGGAAGAUAAUUCUGGCGACUCGAUCGAAGAAGAUCAAGUGCCGCAUCGCCCAGAAAUCGUCAUAACGAAGCAAAAGUUGCAUGAUAAGCGUAAAAAUCCUGCUGCAACGAAGAGGAAACACAAACGGAAACAGCCCUCGGAAAGUGAUGAGCAAGUUGUUGAUGCAACUGAAGCGCCAUCACGGACGAGACAGGGGAAUCGGAGACAAAUGGUCAUAACUCAAAUGCCUGAAAGUGUCGAGGACAAACUGCCGGAAGAAAAGAGCAAGAUAAAUGUUGGCAGGCGUUCAAAGGCGCACGAACAAGACAACGCGACUCUACACAACAGCACUGCCUCCCGGUCGGAUGACGAUACCGAACCAAAUUGUAAGCAAAGUAUCGGAAAAUUGAACGAUACGACAGCAGAAGAAGCAUCCCCGCGCGAGGAGAAGCUCGAAACGAAAAAAAAUCUCUACAAAUGUGUGCUGUGCGAUGUUCCGGCGUUCACCGGGCCGGACGCACUGACCGACCAUCUGAAGGCGGCGCACCCGGACCAGAUACGGGUGUGCGAGCAAUGUCCGAAAGUGUUUGCGGCGCAGGCCGCCUUCGAGCAGCACCAGUACUGCCAUGCGACGGGCCGGUCACACUUUUGUCCGUUCUGCGACAGGGGCUUUCAAACGGCACUGCUGCUCAAGAGCCAUAUACGCACGCAUACGCAACGGUCCGACUAUCUGUGCUCGCUGUGCGGCAAGGAGUUUAAUGUGAAGAACAACCUGCGCCAGCACAUGAUAAUGCAUUCGGGCGAGAGGCCGUGGGCGUGUCCGCUGUGUCCCUGUCGGUUUAGCACGAAAGGAGGACUAAAGAGUCAUCAGAAUACACACACGAGAAUUAAAGCAUUUAGCUGUGACACUUGUGGAUCGCAGUUUAAUAAACAUUACUCGCUAAUCAAGCACAAACUGAUACACACAGGCGAACGGCCGUUUGGGUGUGAAAUUUGCAAAAUGAGAUUCACCAACAGUUACAUGGUAAAACGGCACAUGCGGACCCACACGGGUGAAAAGCCGUACAAGUGUACGUACUGUGAGCGCAGCUUCGCACAGAGCAACGACAUGGUGAAGCACAUGAAAACGCACGUCGGCAGCAAUCCGUACCAGUGCGAUCGGUGCGAUGCAUCGUUCCGCCUCCUGGUGGACCUGCGCAACCACUACAAGGAGCAUGUGCAGCCCGGUGAGCCAGGGGCCGGCUCAUCCACCGAGGAAGAUGCGAAAGUGAUACGGUUUACCAGCCAGGACAUUCUGCAGCUAAGGUACAAGAAGGAAAUGAAUCAGCAGCAGCUAACAGAAAUGGAGGAAGAGUUUUUGAUUUUAAACCUAAAACCGACGACCUGCCGUAUCUGUGCGACGGUCAGCGUCGAACAGUACUGCAUCUACGAAACGAUCUACAAGGACGGUACGCUCAGCAUGCACGCGAUGAUGGAAAAGCUGGUUCCCUCUGUGUUCAACCCGGAGCAGAUGAAGGUGGACGAGUACAUGUGCUGGCCGCGGAAGGUGUGCGAAGACUGCCGGGCCAAGGUGCUGGAAGCGUACGCACUGUACGAGCAGUGCAUGCGGAGUGGCGAUCUGCUGCGCGAAUGCUUGUCGCGCAAACCGGGUGCGCUGGUCAUUGAAAACACGUACGACGAUGAGCUGAAGCAGGACUAUGCGAUGGAAACGACGGUGGAGGAGACAGUGUCGGAUUUUGUCGAUCACGACGAGCCGAUCGUGCUAGAUCAGAGCACGGAGAGUAGCGCCGGCACUGCCACCGGCCGGCGGGUUAGAAAACAAAUCUCGAAAGAGCCCAAAUCGGGGAAGAAACUAAAACCGGAUUUGGUGGAACCGCGUACCCCAUCGCCGGCCGAUGACUUUGGCUGUAAUUCGGAGGAACAGGACGAAAAACCGCUCAGCAGCUUGGUGGGGAGCGAAAAGGUAGCACGCAAAUCACGAUCGGCACGAAACGCAAGCGCUAAGCGCAACAGCUCGGCUACCGGGAAAAGUGAGCAGCGGACGCGUGGAAAGAAGGGACCCGGCAGGAAGCCAAAGCAACCAAAGGAGGAAAGUGACAACGAUACGGAGGAACCGAAAACGAAGGUUGACCUGUACCGCUGUCUGCUGUGCGAUGCACCGACCUACUCCUCGCCCAAGGAGCACACCGACCAUCUGCUGAAGGAACAUCCGGAUCAGAUACAUUGCUGCAAGCAGUGCCCGAAGGUGUUCAUGACCAAGGCGGCCUUCGAGCAUCACCAGUACUGUCACGCGACGGGACGAUCGUUCUUCUGCAUGUUUUGCGACAAAGGCUUUCAGACGGAGCAGCUGCUGAAGAACCACAUGCGAACGCAUACGCACGGGACCGGGUUCCUGUGCUCGCACUGUGGGCAGGAGUUUAGCAAUCGGAGCAAUCUGCGCCAGCAUCUGAUACGGCACACGGGUGAGAAGCCGUGGCAGUGUAAUCUGUGUCCGAGUCGUUUCAGUAUGAAGAGUUACCUGGACAGACAUAUGCACACCCACACGAAAGCCAAGUUUUUCAGCUGCGACACGUGUGGGUCACAAUUUAGUCGACACUAUUCGCUGGUGAAGCAUCAGCUAAUCCACACAGGAGAUCGUCACUUUACCUGUGAGGUUUGCAGUAUGCGAUUCACCUCGAGCCACCACGUGAAACGGCACAUGCUUACGCACACCGGUGAAAAGCCAUUCAAAUGCACGUACUGUGAGCGCAGCUUCACGCAAAGCAACGACAUGGUGAAGCACAUGAAAACGCACGUGGGCGAAAAUCCGUACCAGUGCGAUCGGUGUGAAGCAUCGUUCCGCCUGCUCACCGAUCUGCGCAACCACUACAAGGACCACUAUCUGCCGGGCGGCAAGGAUGCACUGUCCGGUGAGGAGGACAAGGGUACGAUACGGUUUACCAGCACGAAUAUACUGAAACUUCGGUACGAAAAGGAAAGAAACAGUGGCCGGUCGGUCAAGCAGGAGGUACCGGCGGCUGGGCACAAUCAAACGAUGUAGAGAGGUUUUGGCGAGUAGAUCGGUAGGAUUAGGAGACAUUAUGAUAUAUGGUGCCCAGGGAAACGGUGAAUUAUAAAGUGAAGAUCUCUCUAUACUUUAUUUCAUUUUUUUAAAGCCAGAAUUGAUUUACCACUUUGCGUAGAGAAGCUUCAAAAGAAAAGAAAUGUACAUUUAAAUUACUUUUACGUAUGAGAGUUAAUGGUGUAUGUUAAGAUACACAGUGUUGUUGUAUUAGGAUCACAAUUUUUUUAUUAUUAAAAGACGAAAGAUAAGAGUAAAGAAUUAUUUUCUAUUUUU